AUGGGUAUCAAGACACCGGCGUACUUUAUGAUUUGGUGCUCAUUUCUAAUACAUUAUGGAAUAAGUGGCCUGCAAAUUUCUAAGCAAGAAGAACUUCAAUGGAACAAGGAAUUUGAGCUCUUGAAGAAGCCAAGUGUCAAGACAAUCAAGACAAAAUAUGGAGCCAUAUAUAAUUGCGUGUAUUUCUAUAAACAACCUGCAUUUGAUCAUCCGUUGUUAAAAAAUCAUUCUUCCCAUCCUCAGAUAAGACCUAGCUUUAAUCCUGAAUGGUUAGAAGCUAGGUCGAAUUUUACAACAGGUGGGAGUAUGAUGUUGGAAGAUGGAGGUUGUCCUUUCGGAACAGUUCCCAUUAGAAGAUUGAACAAACAUGAAUUUUUCCAAAUUAAACAAUUUACCAAAGAUUAUGCUUCAAGAUCAAGAUCCAACCCCAACUUUAUUGAAGACCAACCUGGGACUCAUCGCUCAAUUGUUCAAACAAAUUCUGACAUAAGAGAAGUGGAUUACCAUGGCGUAAGAUGUGAGUUUAAUGUUUAUGCUCCAAAUGUUACUCAAUCACAAUAUACAAUGGGAGAAAUGAUAAUUCAAAGUUUCGAGGAUCAAAUACAAGUUGGAUGGAUUGUUAAUCCUGGAUUAAAUAAAGAUAAUCUCCCUCAUCUUUUCCAGUACAUAAAUGCCGGUCAAUCCCAUUGUUUCAAUACGUUAUGUCCUGGAUUUGUUAGCACCAAUCCGCGUUAUCCAAUUGAUAUUGCGUAUGUCGGUGGUGCAUCAGUUAGAGGAGGCCAACAAAGGACUAUGCAAACUUCCGUUUAUCAGGAUCCAAAGACAGGGAAUUGGUGGCUAGAGGUACAAGACGGAGUAUUCAGUUACGUAAUCGUAGGAUAUUGGCCAAAAGAGAUAUUUACAGGAUUAGGAGAUUCAGCAAGUUACAUUGCAGUUGGGGGGGAAGCAUAUAGUCCACCUGAUCAGCCUCUUGCACCAAUGGGGAACGGUUAUUUCCCCAUUCAAGACGCUUCUAAAACUGCAUAUUGUACUGAUUUUGCUGUUCUUGAUGGUAAUCAUAAAAAGAUCAACCCUUCACAAACCGAAACAUUAACCUACGAUUCAAGCUACGGUGUCUCUGAUGUACAAAAUUAUGCACAUUUAGGGCGGACUGUUUUCUUUGGUGGACCUACUAGAGAUUAGAAGAAUGUAUCAUUAUAUCAAGGAUUUUAAAGUCAAGAAAUAAUAACAACAAUGGUGAUAAAUGUUUGCAUCAACUAGUUUCUUCUUUCUUCUUUCUUCUAGAUCUGUAAAUUGAUGGUGUUCUCUUUAUUGCUGUUGUUUUUGUUCCUGUUUCA